CAACAGUGUUGAAAAAGUGAGCCAAGUGUAAAAGUCGCUGCGGAAUUCUAAUAACAGUGUUUUUUAAACUGCAUACAUACAUACAUAAAUUAAGCGCAAAGUGAACGUGUAAAGUUGGUGUUAGAGUAAGUGUCAAAUAUGGGAAAGUUUGAUGACUUGAAAAAGUCACAGUUAAAAAAGGAAUUGGAGGCACGCAAUUUAAUUACAUAUGGAAAUAAAUCGGUAUUACAGGCUCGGCUACUGAAAGCGAUGGAAGCUAGUGGUGUCGCCAAGGAAGAGUACGAAUUCCCUGCAAUGCCAUCUAACAACUGUGGAGACUCAUCAGUGCCAACAGAUAUGAAUGCCUUAUUAGGUGCGAUUGCGGGAGUACAGGAUAGUUUGAUUCAAAAUACGUCGCAAGUGGAGGAUAUGCAAAAGCGCAUAGAAGAAAGUUUGGUUAAGAAUUCAAAGCAGUUAGAAGAGCGCAUACAAAAAAAUGCAUCCCUUUUGGAGGAACGCAUGCAGAAUAGUUCAUUGCAGAUGGAAGAGCGCACGCGUGCAGAUCUGGCUGUUUUGCGCGAUAGUCUGAUUGAAAACUCGAAGAUAGUGCAGGAAAAAUUGUCGCGAAUCGAAGAAAAUUCGAUAAAACUGCAGGCAAGACAAGAUAAAGUGGAAACCGAGUUUCAGGCGCUUCAACGCGAGGUAAAGAAUGAGCUCCAGACGAUUCAUAAGAAAUUAGAGGCAGAUAUCUCCCGCUUGGACGAGUGUUUUCGCGAACUUCGUUGGAAUGAUUCAGCAUCGUCUAUUGGCACCGCGAAACUGGAACUUCCAACCUUUGAUGGUACGAUGCCUUUCAAUAUCUUUAAAUUACAAUUUGAAAUGGCGGCAACAAGUUAUAAAUGGAGUGUUGAAGAUAAGUUAGCCGCGCUGAUUGUUGCUCUUAAAGGACCUGCAAUGAUAGUCUUGCAAACUGUUGAAAAAGCGGACAGAGCUGAUUACGAUGCAAUAAUAUCGGCUCUAGAGAAAUACUACGGUAGCGAGCACUGGAGGCGAAUGCAUCAGAUGAAGUUGGUCAGUCGUACGCAGAAAGAUACAGAGACAUUGCAGGAAUACGCAAACGAUAUUGAACGUCUAACACUUUUAGCUCAUUCGGAUAUACCAGUAGAUUACUUGGGCCGUGUCAAAAUACAAUCUUUCAUUAAAGGAGUUCGAGAUGUGGAAAUAAAGCGUGCCCUGUAUGCGACACCAAAAUCGACUUUUGUAGAGACAGUGUCUUUUGCUGUAACACAAGAAACGGCUAAAAUUCUAAGCGAUCCGGCAAAAAGCGAAGAUAUAAAGGAGCAAACAACUCUACAACCUACAAUGCUAGAACUCGUGCAGUCCUUGUCUCAGUUGUCUAAAGAAUUGAAAAAUGGCGUCGAAGCUAAAUGCGUUACCUGUGAAAAGUGUGUCACGGAACAAUAGUACAGCUCGCUUCAAUCAGAGUUCAGGCGAAGGGAUAAUACCAUAUUAAUAUGUAUAAUCUAUUCCCUCGUUAUAAGACAAAAAGUUGUAAAACUGGUUUAACAACAAAAUCAAUACCGUUAAACGGCAGCAACACCAAUCGGCUGCAUUGUUUAAAGAAUUUGAUUGCUUUUUGAAUCUAUUUUAUUCCCCGGGUUAUGCAUCCUAUCUAGAGUCGUGCACUCCCUAGGUACGGCAAUAUAAUAGUUGCGUUUCAGAUGCUUCACGAUUUGCAGGUUUUACAGGAUUUGCAGGAACAGCUGUUUUCUUCAAUAAUAAACCUUAUGGAAGGUGGUCACCUGGAACGGCUUCCUGUAAAAACCUGCAAAUCAGAAUCUGAAAAAAAAAAUCAGCAUUAGUUGUGACAUCGAACGACUUCGUCAGCUUGUUUACAUUUUAACAGCUGAGAUCAUAGAUCAUAGCCAGGGUUGCCAGACCUUUAGAAUCUGAAAUUCGUACGCGGGAAAAAUUUGGUCAAAUUUGCCAAGCAAAAAGGAAUAUACCUAUGUAGAUAAACACAUACAAUCCUACUUCUAAUAACAUCAAAUAUAUCGACACAUUUUUCUACUAGACCUAUUUAUUUUUAACUUCACAGACAAAGUUAUUGUUUUUCUGACUAGACCAUUUUAACUAUUUAUUAUAUUUAAAUUUAAGUUACUGUA